UUUGUGUCCAUCUCCUCUCCUCUCCAUCCCAUCCAUCCCCCCAGUUGCUUCCUUCUGCUGUUCUGUACCGUACCCUCUUCCCCCUCACCCUCUCCCAUACCUAGCUUCUUCACCGUGUCCUUGCCAACGAGUGGCUUCUCUUCCCUUGGCAACGCGUUUUCUUGUCAGCAAUGGUGAACUAGCCAAAAGCCUAACGUCCCACUUCCAGUCUGGGCUCCACCAGCCUCCCGUACUGGAAUUUCUUCCACCCAUCCCAUCCCACCACUCCCCACCAGCUCGCCUCUCACACCCCAGCUCUCCACAUUGUCCGUCUCCCUUUCCCUACCUCACUCCCCUACUCUCCGUCGCGGCGUUAUUUGUGUAUCCUAAAGCCCCCGCCUCGUCCCGCUUUACCCGUAGUAUAGUUCCGCAGGAUUUUCUCCGUACGUGAGAAUUCAAGUACGCCUCUUAGCAGCCUCGCCGCUUUCGCCUGCUCUGCACGAACAAGCGAGCGAGCGAGCAAUGGCGCGACUGCGGCAGCGGCUGCUGCUGCUGCCUCUGGUACUGUACGCCGCGGCGCUUCUCGCCUGCAGCAGCCUACCCGUCGCUAGUGCCGGCACUCUCAACCCUGGCGGCACUGUCAUCAAGAUCCCAACGCGCGGCCCGUGCUCCGCAACGCCCGUGUCGCUGACCGUGUCGACCGUGGCGGAUUUCGCGCAGCGCCUGCAGUACUCGCCGAACACGACGGUCGUACUCUACCUGACCGGCAACAUCACGGUGUCCACGUGGGUGCACUUCAACGCGUCCUACUCCUGCACCAUCCUCCGCCCGCAACCCACGCUGACGACCAUGCCGUGGAUCUGGCUGGAUAAUGUGAACUCGCCCGCGGUGAAGGUGGAGAGCGCGACGAACAUGCAGUUCGUGGGCAUCGGCAUCGGGUUCCCGUGGACCAGCACCGGCAUGGUGGCGUGCGGCGGGCUCGCGGAGUUCCCGUCCAAGUGGACGUGCCCCGUGCUGCAUAUCUACCGCGGCUGGGCUGUUACUUUCUCCAACGGCCGCGUGCACGGGCGCACGGACGUGUACCGGUCAGGCGCGGUGGAGUUUUCGUACCAGAAGCACUUCGUGGACUACCUGGACGGCACGCUCUUCAGCUACUGCACCAUCCGCUUCGCCAUCAACGGCGACCCCGUCAACCUCAUCCGCUCGCUCAACAAGGUCGUCAACUCCGAGAUCCGCGGCGCGUGGACGUCGAUCAUGAUGUACACGGGCACAGUCGGAACCAUCAUCGCGAACAACUACAUCACGGACUUCCAGUUCAGCGGCGUGCAGUGCGGGCAGGGCGACAGCAACGUGGCGGACUGCAUGCUCAACACCAUCCAGGACAACUACAUCACGCCGGGGCCGCUCUACCCCGCUAAUAACGGCGACGGCGCGGGGAUUUACUACGAUCUGCACUGGUAUAAUCCUGGCAACCUGGACACAUGCAACUACAUUGUGGGCACGACGCACUGCCACUACCUCGACUUCACGACCACGGGGCUCACCAUCGACGGCGCCGUGUGCAUCCGCAACCACGAUGGCAUCAAAGUCAACACCGGCCACGCCAACAAGAUCAGCAGCUACCUGGUGGUCAACCCGCAGUGGCAGGCGGGCAUCAUGAGCUGCCAGAACUGGUGCGACAACAACUGCAACUCGUGGGCGGGCCGCGGGCUCGGCUUCAAGUGGUACAGCGCCUAUGUCGCCCGCUUCGACACGCCCGGCUGGCGCAAGAACUGGCCCUUCCUCUCGGGUCUCUGCAACCGCACAGAGUGGGUGGGGGGCCAGCCCUGCAACCCCGACCCCCCGAUGGAGCUCCCCAAGAACUGGACCGGUUACUGCUCGCAGUACCUCUCCUAUUCCACCGUGGGUAAGCAGCGCACCGCCGACUACAACUACACCGGCAAGUGCAGCGGCGUCCCCGGCCUCAACCACAUCGAGCUGACCAUUAUCAACGGGACCAACGGCCGCUGGAACCCGUACUACAUCAACUGCGACGCGCUGCCGUCGGUGGUCCCCACGAAUAACAUCACCUCGGUGUCGUUCAACUACCCGUGGAAUUACUUCAAGUUUGAUAAUUUCACCGGGGACGACUUCGGCGUGUCGAAUCUGACGGACAUGAUUUACCAGAAGUAUCCCAACUUUAUGUCGUGCAGUCGGCGCCGGGUUGGGCCGCAGAAGCAGGUGCGAGCCAUGGCUGCCGCUCUCUCGACGGCUGAGUCUAAUUUCGGCAAGGAUGUUGGGGACUGGUGGCACAACACCUUCGAGAUUAUCCCCGAGGAUUCGGAGCUGUCUCAGAUUCUCUACCAUAAGAAGUUCAAGGGGAAGAAGCGGGACUUGGACGCCCCCAUGCCCCCUGCCAGCACCAGUGGCCGCUCUGGGUCCCCCAAGAAGCCCGGGAAGAAGGGCAAGUGGACGGGCCUGCCGAAGGUGUCCAAUUGGUGGAGCGGAAAUUGAGCGGAGAGCGAGGUAGAGGGAUGGUGGUGAUGGCAGUUGUGAUUUGUGGUGGGAGAUUGGACUGGAAUGGGAUGGUGAAAUCGUGGGCUCGUGGUGUGGGGUGACUGCAUUGGUAUUUUCCAUCCAUUUUCUGUGAGUUUGACAUCCUGGGAUUGGUUGGUUCAUUUCAUGUGUCAGGGCGGAUCCCUACAAAGCGGGAUCCGGCGAAGUUGGAUCUAGUUACGUGCACUGCCGAACUGAACAGCACUGACUGCACAUUUUUCGACAAAUGCACUGCACUAUACCACGCGCGUUGGAUUCAACUUCGUAGGAAUCCGCCCUAACUGUACUGGUACUUCGCAUGCUAGGGUUGUGGAUGGGUUGGGGGCUAUACUUGGGAAGGGGUUUCUUCUCUCUCGGAAUCCUCUGGAAAAUCGGUUUUUCUUUUCGAUGGGGGGUGCUUGCUAGGAGAACCGGGCAGGGAGUGGAUACUAAAUGCCAUGAUCCACGAGUGAUUUAUUGCUUGCUUUAUUUGGUAUCAUAAAAUAAUUGUGUACAUGCUGUUGAGUGGACAUGAGUGUUAUUGAUUCCU